UUUGUUUUUGCACUCGACGCUCCUUCGGGUAAUAAUGAAGCGCAGACAAAUGCUUAAUUUAUCACAAAAGUGCGUCAAUCAUGAGAUACCAGUUCAAUUCAAAACGAAGUUUUUAUACUGUAACAUCACAAAUCUGUAUUUACCAAUGAAAGAAGAAGCAAUAUUAUAUACCUGGAAAACCAACUGACCCAGCCGUAACCAGUUUAACUCGGAGUAAGUCCAGUAAGGGCACACAGUCCAGAGGCCAUCCUUUGUUCACUCUAAGGAGGGCACAGGUAACGGCCUACUAACGCCAAAACAGUCAAUUUCUGAAUGAGGUUUCCCGCAUUUGUACACCACGAGCAGCACUGAGCUUCACAAUACCCAUACGCACAGUCACUAUCCGAAGGAACGCUUACUUAGUGCUAAACAUCUACAGCACAACAGCCGCCUCUCAAACACUCCUCCGCAUUCGCGCCACCUCUGGUGCCCUAAAGCGCUCCUGGCAGGUCGCAAAAUGAAGUCGACAGCGCCUAGGGAGGCAGCGGCAUCAGUACUCAUCCUUUGCCCUGACUGUCGCAAAAGCAUCCGCGCCUGGCGGCGGCAGCCUCUUGCCGGCGAAUGGAGGGCCAUGCAAGAUGGCGGCACUGCAUGAGGAGCCGGCAGAGGUGACGGCGGUAAAGCCGGAUCCUGAUGCGGGGACGCCGCCACAGCCCCCCACUGCGCCUCCAGUUGCCGCCGCCGCCGUUCCCGUCGCUCCCCCGGCCGCGGCGGCGGAAGGAGAGGCGGCGGGGAGCGGUGGGGAUGCGGCGCCCCCGAAGCCAGCCGCACCGGGCCCGGCCGCCUCCCCGGCGGCACUGGACCGACAGACGCUCGUGGCUGUGCUGCAGUUCCUGCGGCGUAGCAACCUCCGCGAGUCCGAGGAGAUCCUGCGCCGCGAAGCGCGCCUACUCGGCGAUGACCUCGCUUCCGCAGCCCUCAGCCCCACUGGCGCCGGGCUCCAGGGAAUCCCGGGUGGCGAUGCGGAUUCCAUCGGCGGCGAGGCGCUGCUCAGCCGGGUUAGCGCCGCUGCCGCGACAGGCGGCAAUGUCGCCACUGUCGCGUCUUCCAGCCCGGCGGUAGCAGCGGUCGCCGCCGUGCCGCCAGGGAAAGUUGGAGGAAGUGUUGUUGUGGAAGAUCAGCCAGAUGUGAGUGCAGUAUUGUCUGCCUACAAUCAACAGGGAGACCCGACUCUGUAUGAGGAAUACUACAGUGGGUUAAAACACUUCAUUGAGUCUUCUCUGGACUGUCAUCGAGCAGAAUUGUCUCAGCUGUUUUAUCCUCUCUUUGUGCACAUGUACUUGGAACUGGUCUACAAUCAACAUGAGAGUGAAGCAAAGUCUUUUUUUGAAAGAUUUCAUGGGGAUCAGGAGUGCUAUUACCAGGAUGACCUGCGUGUGUUAUCCAGUUUAACCAAAAAGGAACAUAUGAAAGGUAACGAGACUAUGCUGGAUUUCCGAACAAGCAAGUUUGUGCUGCGCAUUUCCCGUGACUCUUACCAACUCUUGAAGAGGCAUCUUCAGGAAAAGCAGAACAAUCAGAUCUGGAACAUUGUUCAGGAGCAUCUUUACAUUGAUAUCUUUGAUGGAAUGCCUCGCAGUAAACAACAGAUAGAUGCUAUGGUUGGAAGCUUGGCUGGGGAGGCAAAACGAGAGGCUAAUAAAGCAAAGGUUUUCUUUGGCUUAUUGAAGGAACCAGAGUUUGAUGUGCCUUUGGAUGAUGAAGAUGAAGAAGGAGAAAAUGAGGAGGGAAAGCCAAAGAAGAAAAAACCUAAAAAAGACAGUGUAGGGUCAAAAAGUAAAAAACAGGACCCUAAUGCUCCUCCCCAAAACAGAAUUCCUCUACCUGAACUGAAAGACUCUGACAAGCUAGAUAAAGUCAUGAACAUGAAAGAAGCUGCACGGCGUGUGCGUCUUGGCCCAGAGUGUCUGCCCUCCAUCUGUUUCUACACAUUCCUUAAUGCUUACCAGGGUCUGACUGCAGUGGAUAUUACAGAUGACUCUAGCAUGAUUGUAGGAGGCUUUGCUGAUUCUACUGUCAGAGUGUGGUCUGUGACACCAAAAAAGCUACGUAGCGUGAAAGCAGCAGCAGACCUUAGUCUCAUCGACAAAGAAUCAGAUGAUGUCUUGGAGAGGAUCAUGGAUGAGAAAACAGCAAGUGAGUUGAAGAUUUUAUAUGGUCACAGUGGACCUGUCUAUGGCACCAGCUUCAGUCCUGAUAGGAACUAUCUCUUGUCCUGUUCUGAGGAUGGCACUGUCAGAUUGUGGAGUCUUCAAACAUUCACAUGUUUGGUGGGAUAUAAAGGACACAACUACCCAGUAUGGGAUACACAAUUCUCUCCUUACGGUUAUUACUUCGUGUCAGGGGGACAUGACAGAGUGGCUCGUCUGUGGGCAACAGAUCACUACCAGCCUUUACGAAUAUUUGCUGGUCAUCUUGCUGACGUGACGUGUACCCGAUUCCACCCAAACUCCAAUUAUGUUGCCACAGGCUCAGCAGACAGGACUAUACGGCUCUGGGAUGUUUUGAAUGGGAAUUGUGUCAGAAUAUUCACUGGACAUAAGGGACCAAUUCAUUCACUGGCAUUUUCUCCUAAUGGACGAUUCCUGGCUACUGGAGCAACAGAUGGAAGAGUUCUGCUGUGGGAUAUUGGACACGGCUUGAUGGUUGGAGAAUUGAAAGGGCACACUGACACUGUCUAUGCCCUCAGAUUCAGUAGAGAUGGAGAGAUUUUAGCAUCAGGGUCAAUGGAUAACACAGUUCGCCUGUGGGAUGCUGUGAAGGCAUUUGAAGAUUUAGAAACCGAUGACUUUACUACAGCUACUGGACAUAUAAACUUGCCUGAAAACUCACAGGACUUGUUACUAGGUACAUACAUGACCAAAUCAACCCCGGUUGUACACCUCCAUUUUACACGCAGAAACUUGCUGCUGGCUGCGGGAGCCUACAGUUCACAGUGAAUCUGGAAGCUGCAAGACUGACUGUGCCAAGUCACUGCAUUCAUGACCUCAGGAUGUGAGAUAAGGAGGAAUGUCUUGCACAGGUGAAUUCCACUAGGAACAAACCUACGUAAACUAAUGCAAACAGCAUUUCUCAAUUCUGCUAUUUCAUAUUUAUCCAUACUUUGAAAAGCUGAAGAUUGACAAGACAUCGUGGCUGUAAAAGAAGGAAUUGUUCAUGGUGCUUUUGAUAAAUAUAUAUAUAUAUAUACAUGUAUAUGAAUAUGGCUGUCUCGUCUCGGAGAUGAUACUGAGCUCUGCUGAAACUUGGGGAAAUUUAACAGCCUUAUUAUGUGUUCUCAAAUGAUUUUUUUAAAGCACUUAAUUUAUGGAUAGCAGAUGUUUAUCUCAAACACAAGUGAAAACUUCAGUUUCAGGAAAGAAGAAUGUAGUUUAAUUUGCUAUAGCCUGGGCUGGGCAACAGGUAUGGUGAGAGUAUCCUAGCAACAAACAGGGCAUUGGAAGAGUAGGUCCUGCAGGCAGAAUCCUGUGGGGGACUGCUGCAAAAUGACGCCUAUGGGGUUUGUGCAUCCAAGUACUAAGUCCUGAGAAGAUUUCAAACUCCUGUACUCUUUUGAGUUACCAGAAACACAGAUUUUGUUAUUCUGUUCUUAGAGGUAGCCAGUGCUGUGCGACAAGCACCCAGAAGUGCAAUGUGAACUUAAUUUACCUUCAUACUUUAUU